UAGCGGCAGAUCGCACCUUUUUGCCCGAGGAGGACGCUUAAGCGGAUAAUACCUGAGCCAGUGCCAUGGAUACACCUCUGGAUUCAACUAAAGACCAGGGGGUGCAGCUCUUGAAUAUCAGCUCUAACUCGCCCCCUCCUGAGUCCCAAGGUGCGAAGGAGGUGACAAGUCGGCAGGAGAAACCACCGUACUCCUACGUGGCUCUCAUCGCCAUGGCAAUUAGGGACGGUGAGAACAACAGACAAACGCUGGGCGGAAUAUACAAUUUCAUUACCUCCAACUUCCCCUAUUAUGAGAAGAACAAAAAAGGUUGGCAAAACAGCAUAAGACAUAAUCUUUCUCUCAAUGAGUGCUUCGUCAAAGUUCCCAGAGAGCGUGGAGGAGAAAAAAAGGGAAAUUUUUGGAUGCUGGACCCCGCAUUUGAGGACAUGUUUGAGAAGGGGAACUACCGACGGCGGAGAAGGGUACGGAGACCCAGGCCACAAAGUGGGGCUUACAUCACCGGGAAUCCCGUAGAGUGUAGUACUCUCUAUCUGGAACCAUUCGUGAGCGGCCCCUGGGGGUUUUGUUCACCCGGCUCCCAGCCCUCUGUCUAUCCACCUGUGCAUCCCCGCAGUGUGUCUCCAACGACCUCAUACUGCACAUCACAUCACUUCCACCACUCUCCAUACGGCCCUUACCACCGACAUCCGCCCGUGCUGGUCCCCCACAACGUGUGUCCAUAUGGCGGCAUCACCCAGCCGAUGAGCCCCGAGGGAAACACCGUGUCGGUAGCAUGCAACCAGCAGUACGUAAGACAACCAGAGGCACCGUUUGCUCAGUCAUUUGACCUGUAAGGCUAGUAAGUAAGGCAGGAGUUCUUAGCCUUAAAGCCUAUUUUAGACAGCCUGUUCUCAGACUCAAAGUUCGGUUAUUUUACCAUUUCAGUUCUGCUGUCAUUCUUUUGUUUUGGAAAGAUAAAUGUGAGCCAGUUUAUUCAUUGAAUGCUGUCAAAUUGUUAAAUGGACUUACUGUUGUAUUUUUUCUACUUUCUCUGGAUUUAAACGUUAGUUUGUACAAAAGAAUAAUGCGCUUUAGAAGGCAUUAAACAAGUUGGAACAGCACAUUGUUUAAAUCUGAGGCAUUUUUUCUGCCUCUUUUGUCAGAGGAUAUCCUCUAUCCUAACACUUUUGUCUUAGUUGUGGUUUUUAUUUUUUCCCCUUAUUUUUAACACACCUUUAUUUUGCUUCUGUGUUAUUUAUUUCUUUUCUUUGGCUUUAUCCAAUUCUAUCAAGUUGCUAUAUGCAGUUGAA